UUUACCAAUUAAAUGGUCGCAAAUUGUUCGCCUUGUUGAAGAUGAUAUUCAUGGUAUGGGUUUGAGGCUUUUGCCAAAGCUGACAUAUGAACAUAUUCAUCUAACACCUACUCUUAGAAUGCGUGUGAAGCUUGCUGUUCAGGUAUUGAGUAGUAGUGUGGCGGCUGCUUUGCAACUACAUAAUCGUGCUGAAUCAAAGUCAACUGAAACUUUCAUCCGCAUGUUUGACCAAUUUUUUGACUGUUUGAAUGUCAACAACAUAACAAAUGGGACAUACCAUAGGAAACCAGUAUUAUGCACAUAUACAGAUGUCAAUGAUUGGAGAUUUAAGUGGCUCAUUGAUGAAUUUAUGGGGUUCCUGGACCGUUGGGAAAUGGAAGGGCAACUACACAACAAUCUGACAGCCAAAGAAAGAAAACAGCUCUGCCUUAGUCGAGAAACAUUGGAAGGACUGCGUAUUUCAGUGAAAUCCUUUGUAAUGCUUGGUAAAGAAAUGUUAUCACUACCUGGUGUGCAUUUUCUUUUGAGUGAAAAAAAUAAUCAAGAUCCCCUGGAGCAAUACUUCAGCAAACAACGAGGAAUGGGAGGAUUUUGUGACAACCCAACUGUACGCCAAUUUCAGCACAAUGCCCUUCGACUUCAGGUCUCUGGUGCUCCAAGCGUGCUUGCUGCUAGCUGGGGAAACUGCAAAGUUUUUCAUAAUGGACAAUAUAAUGCAUCAACAUUGCAAAGGAGGAAACUAUAAUAGUACAGUUUUAAAUUGAUUUCACUACAGCAAUACAUGUAAAUAUUUUUUAUGGCAUUCAGUUUUCCUUAUUGAGCUCUCGUCGCAUACUUUUCUCAGAUUUUUUGACAGUUUUGAGUCCUCUUGCUUCAGAACAAACAUGUAUAUAUUGGAGAAUGCUUUUAACCUCAGAUUAAUCCAACAUGUGAUAAAUUUUGUAAAUAAAUAAAACUUUAUCUUUUCAUCAAUAUCAAAGUCCUGUAUUAUUUCAUUAAAGGAAACAUUAACGUUGUCACUGUUUUCUAUUUUUGUCAUUAGUUGGGUCUUGGUCAUGCGUAGACUUUCAUCAGUGUUUGUCAAAUCUGAGUGGACAAUAAGUUCCAUAGAUCGAAAAAAAAAGAUACACAUUGUCAGGAACAAGGAAAAGCCCUCCACGGUUUACAAUUUCAAUUCAUUCUUUUGUGUAUGCAAACACAUUAGAAUUAUUGACACUUGACUUUUUAUUUUGAAGUGAGCAUAGAAUAGAAAAACAUGCCUUUGCUUUUUCAUUCUUCUGGAAAUUUUUAAAAUGUUUCAGGAGUUUUUUACAAAUGUAUCCAGAAGUGUAUCUCAGCACCUUUUCCUCUGUCCCUGAAAGUUUACAUUGAGCAUUUUGGCCUGGGUUUUCUGAUUCUGAAGUAAUGCAUCGUUUUCUUAAAAGUUCAGCAAAGAGUCUCUGAAUAAUAAACUGACCAAUUACCAUAAGCAUUGGUAUAUUUGCCUCCAUUUGUAGGUCCUCUGUUAUCUGUAUGAAAAUUGUACUGAUUGUAUCAGAAAUUCAUGUGUUGUGAAACAUUUGCAGUUUUCUUUCCAUUUUCACAGAUUUAAGUGAUUUAGUGUCAUCAGCAGCAGUAACAGAUGGCCACAAUUGUUCCAGCAACUCCUGACAUUUUGAAACAGUUUUUUCUGACGUGGAGUCAGAAAGAUAUGAUUUCAUAGUUGAUAAAUAUUCUUUACAAGUACUGUUUGAUCUGUUGAAAUAAUCUGUUUCUAGUUUGUUGAGUGUCGAAAGAACUAAUUCUUUUGCUUCUGAUUGAGCUUUUGUAAGUG